GUCUAGCUCACGUUUCAUAAUUCCGCGUUUGGACAAAACAUAUCCAAUACAGCUGUGGUCGAAUGCACGUACUAAGUUUUUUUUUAAAUGUGUUAGUUUCUUCAAUACAUAACGGCUACACUUUUAAUCAUGGCAGGAGAAAACGAGCUUAAGCAAGAGAAUAGUGAACUACGGAGAACGCAAGUGCAAUUAGCAAGCGAUUUACAAGAAGAAAAGCUCUUAGUUCACAACUUAAUGGGGACAAUAAAGAACUACGAGAAGCUACUUCGUUUAGAAGGACAAUCUUGUAGACAGGAAGACGCUGUUUUGAUGAAUGAGCACACGAAACGCCACGACUCCUGGGGGGUAUUGUGUAGUUCAAUAGUUCUCCUUGAUGAAGAGUAUUUGGAGUUAACAACGGCUGUAGCGUGUCUCUUAGAACAGUGUACAAAGUUUGAGAAACUUCACGAGAACAGAACGAAGAAGAUUUGUAAUUUGAACAUGAGGAUUGAAAGGCUGGACGCCAUUGCGUUCGGACAGAAAGUUGAAUGUUGAGUUGCUGACAAUGAAUGGAAUAUACAGUAGAGCCAGGGAAUGAAUGGUACAUUUACCAAACCCUUCUUUUACAAUUAUAUUAGUUCUAUCGAGUGAGCUACCCAUUCAUGUACAAAACCUACCCCUUCUGUCAUUAUUUCUAUCAAGGGAAUGCCCAAAGCCCAGAUAUUAAAGCGUUCUAUUGAAGCAGAUGGUUGUCGACAUCAGACAUACUAACACGUAACUGACAGAAAGUUGUCUUCAUCAAAGCUUAAAGUCAACAAGAAUUAUUAUUGAAUCUUUGGGAACAUCACGUACGUGUUGCGUCUUGUCUCAAGCCUAGUUCAAACGUCGCGCUUAUCAUGUGAUGAAUGUAAAUUAUCUCAACUCAUUGAACUCGUUAUCUUGAACUCAUUUGAUCUGGCACAGAAAAAUUGACCUGAUAGCUUACGGCAGACCGCUAGCCGCAAACGCCAAACUUCAUAAUCGUAUUUGAUAAUUUGAAGGUCAGUUCUACAACGAGUACAAGUUUUCGAUAGUUUAAUAAGUUGACCAGUUGACCUCAAAAUACGAUUUGGAGUUUGUCGUUCUACCGUAAACAUCAAUUAAGACAAGCUGAAGGUCUCUGUUGAGGCGUGGGAUUUAUUGAAGAAAAUAUUCAAAAGUAUAUAUGGACAUUGAAUAUGUAUUUAUUGAACACUCGAAGCUUUGUUAAAGAAUAAAAAUCGGUAAACAUUAAAACUAUUCAGCUCUCGACUUUAUUGGUUUAAACAAUAACACAAGUUAAUGGUGUGUUUGCGUGACAUGUUGGUGUUAUUAAAAACAAUGUUUACAUAUCUUCUCAAAUUACAUUUGUACAAUAUAAUUGAGAUAUUAUUGAGACUUUCGUUGGUGGGGAUGAACUACCCGAAACAUAUAAGGAGAACUUCGAUGUUUCGAGCGAAGGGCCCGUGGCAUAUUAUCAGCGCGGGACCUUAUUUUACGACAUUUUAAACACUGAAUUCGGAAAGAUUCAAAAAUCCUUUUGUAUUUCGUGAAUAAAAAGUUGCCCAAGUAUACUUAGAAUAUCAUCAGCAUAACCAUUCAACUUGGAUGGUUAAUAUGGCGUUGAAUAUCAUCGGCAUAACCAUUCAACUUGGAUGGUCACUGGAUUGGGUUUACACUUCACGUCAUAGCGGCCAUGUUGGAGGAACGCUAACAAAAGAAUAUGAUUAGCAGCUAUUGUAUCAGUUUAUCAGUUGGAGCGUGUUCUCCUCCAAAAUGGCCGCCGUGUAAUUGUCUUAUAAAUCUCAAUGCAUUGAUUGCAAACCAACGAUAUGUCAAUUACCAAGUGUGCAGUGCAUUCAGUAUAAGCUUAAUUUUGUUCAUAUUCUUGAGUGAUUGUUUAUAAAGUUAGACUGCUGGUACCAGUGAAAAAUUAAAUAAAGCUUUUCUGAUCUUUCUCUUAAACCACGUGUAUACA